AGAGCUUCCAUAACACACUUCUCAGUUCCCACUUUCAAACAAACUCUAUGCAUUACAUAUAAAAGGUUCAUCUUUGUCAUCUUUUCUGCAACAAUACACAACACAUCUCUCCCCCUCUCACACACACAUACAGACAUAGUCUCUCGCUCUCACUCACUCCCUUGCUCGUGUGCGUGCUCGUGCUCGUGUUUGUGUGUCAAACUCGCACUCGCAUAUUCUAGCUUAAUAUCAACAUGUUAGAUUCCACAGUAGAAUUGAUAGCUCAAGCUACUUCAAACUUCCAUUUAAUCUUCUGUUUUUGCAACAUAAUCAUAGUUUUCCUUCUUAUUGAUCGUUCCAAAAGCGACUUACAUCCUAUUCCAAGCAGCAUUGAUGUUCUCGACAUUGAUGUAUAUCCAAAUGCAUUAACAAACGACUACAAGCAUUAUCCGAAAGUAAUAGAGGAUGAUCAUACCACAAAAGAAGAUGAUGAAGACUCGGAAAUGGAAGCAAAACAUGAUCAUGAACAUGAACGUGCUUUUGAGAUAAAUUUGAAUCCAACUACUGUAAAAAUUGACAACGAGAAUCAUGCUGAAGUAGUAGAGGAUGAUUAUACAAAGGAAAGAUCAUCCACAGAAGCAGUAAAACAAAAGGAAGAAGAUGGAGUUCUUCCCCAUCAUGAGCUAAAGACGCGUAUUGAAAUUGACAACGAAAAUCGUGCUGAAGUAGUAGUGGAUGAUCAUAAAAAGGAAAGAUCAUCCACAGAAGCAGUAGAACAUAAAGAAGAAGAUGAAGUUCUUCACGAUUAUGAGCUUAAGACGCGCAUUGAAGAGUUUAUUAACAAGAUUCACAAAGAAUGGAAGGCAGAGAGGCUGAGAACAGCAGCAAUGCAGCAUCACUACAUCAGGGUAGAAAUUUCUUGAGCUAGGAAUGCGUUAGUGCCAUUCUGUUAGACUAUGUAACAUUUUGUUUACGGAAAAUGAAACAUGCCUCUGCCUUUUGUAAUAUUUUCAAGAAAUUUUGGAAGAGGAUUAAUAUAUGGAGACAAAAUGCUAAUUUAGACCUUUU